AUGAGCGCCAUGUUACAACAUUUUACUUUUUCGAAUAACUUGGCCAGUUGUUUUACUGUUUUCCAGAAACUUUCUUGGACGACGUUCCUUCGUCACUUCACUGCAUUUCUGUUUUACCUAUUCGUGCUAAUCCAGUGGCCUAAGAGUGGGCUUAGCAUGGCCAAUAUAAUAGCUGCGCGAACGGGAUUAACUAGUGUUUCAUUCAUACUGUUUUUUUGGUGUGCCAUCUUUUAUCACUAUAUGGUAUCAGCAGGACGGGUAGACAUUGAUUGGAUCGAUGGACGAUUUGAGGCAAGUGGCUGGUUAGUCCGAAGUUCGCGGCAUACCCAUCGAGUAUUUCUAGUACUAUCGUUGGCAGUAUCCGCAGCAGCGGUAAUACAUACAAGCACUUUACAUGUGUUGUUUGAAUUUGAAAGACGUACAUCGGAGUUUCUGAAUUCUUCCUCAUUUACGUGGUCGUUCAGUAUUUUAAAGGUUGACUUCUUCUUCGUUUUGUUAUUCGCUAUUUAUAGUGGCGUACGAUUAAGUUUGGAGCCAACUGGACUUUUGAAGAGGUCAAGAAACACUGGUACAGCUAUGGCAAGCUCUACCGUUUCAUCUAUUUCCAAUUCUGAUAAUAGUAACGAAACUCCUAUACUGAACUGUUCGGCAGCAAGAGUUGCACCAACAGAAUCACCGUUACUGCAACUUCAUAAAUGUCCCGAAUAUAUAGAAGAAUGCAAAAUUUGUCUGCAAUAUGUUGCGGAUCGACAAAUUGGUUGUGGUCACAUGCUUUGCUCCACUUGCCUGAUCAAGAUACUGAUGGAAUGCCAUAGGAGAAAUCAAAGCGAUGUCCCGUGUCCAUUCUGUCGACAGCAAUUACGCUAUGUUCGGGAGGUUCAGUUCAGCUUAUCCGAUCGGUUUAUCCCAAUCUGUCAGUAUAUCGAUUUCCCGUAA